AUUUGUUUGGUAAGCAGUAUAACUUCAACGUGGUUAUUCAUUUCUUUCUUAUCCAUAUCUAAUGUUUAUUAAUAUAGUCACCAAUGUAAAUAGAAUUUGUCGUUUAUCGUUGAAAACGCGUUAUUUCAGUAUUAGUAACAGACUCAACAUUUUUGAUUACAAUAUGAAGAUUGGCACACAUGAUGGAGUCUUCCACUGUGAUGAAGUUCUCGCUUGCUUCAUGCUCAAGAGUAUACCAACAUACAAAGAUGCGGAGAUUGUUCGUACGCGUGACAUGGAGAAGCUGAAGGAUUGUGACAUUGUAGUUGAUGUGGGAGCUACAUUUGACCAUGUGAAGAAGAGAUAUGACCACCACCAGAGGGAGUUCACGGAAACUCUUAGCACUUUGAGACCAGAGCUUGGUGAUAAAUACAAAAUCAAGUUAAGUUCAGCAGGCCUAGUAUACACUUACUAUGGCGAAGAUGUGAUUAAGCAAAUAGCGCCAAAGGAUGCCCCAUUGAGCCCUGAAAACUUACUAAUUAUUUACAAAAAGGUCUAUGAAAACUUCAUUGAGGAAAUUGAUGCCAUAGACAAUGGAGUCCCAAUGACUGAUGGUGAACCAAAAUACAACAUACGAACCCAUCUCAGUCGUCGAGUCGGACGGCUAAACCCUGAAUGGAAUUCCAAACAAGAGAUUGAUGUCAAUGAAAUAUUUAAAAAAGCUAUGGUUUUAGCCAGUGAAGAGUUCUUGUAUACUGUCAACUAUUUUAUAUCCAUUUGGUUGCCUGCACGGGACUAUGUGAAGUCUGCUUUAGAAGAUAGGUAUAGAAUCCAUAAAUCAGGUCAAAUUUUAGAGUUUACAGAAAGAUUUCCAUGGAAAGAGCAUCUUUUUGAUUUGGAAAAUGAAAUGGGGAUUAAUCACGAGAUAAAAUAUGUAUUGUUUAAUGACAAACCAAAAUCAUGGAGGAUUCAAGCAGUACCUUUGGAACCUACAAGUUUUCUUAUGAGGAAACCGCUUAACAAAUCCUGGUGGGGAGUACGCGACGAGUUGCUCAGUGAUGUCUCUGGAAUCGAUGGUUGCAUCUUCUGCCACAGUACCGGAUUUAUCGGAGGAAACGUAUCCAGAGAAGGCGCUUUGCAAAUGGCCGUGAAAUCACUUGAAGCCGAAUUGUGACAUUGAAAUACAUAUACAACAGUAAUAAAA